UGCUCUGCUUUAAGGUCACCAGUGACAUUCGGUAGCUAACUCGCCAGCAGCCGGGGGAAGCGGAGGAGAGCCAGUCAGGACGGUGAACGACAGAACCAACCGAACCAGCCAACAUGUCUCUCUCCAACAAACUCACUCUGGACAAGGUGGACGUCAAUGGGAAGCGGGUCAUUAUGAGAGUCGACUUCAACGUUCCCAUGAAGGACAAACACAUCACCAACAACCAGAGGAUCAAGGCGGCAGUGCCAAGCAUCCAGUACUGCCUGGACCAUGGGGCAAAGUCCGUGGUUCUGAUGAGCCAUCUGGGCCGUCCUGACGGGAACGCCAUGCCGGAGAAGUAUUCGAUGGAGCCGGUUGCUUCUGAGCUCAAGACUCUGCUGGGAAAGGACGUGACCUUCCUGAAGGACUGCGUGGGUCCGGAGGUGGAGGCGGCCUGCUCCAACCCGGCUGCCGGCUCCGUCAUCCUGCUGGAGAAUCUUCGCUUCCACGUUGCUGAGGAGGGCAAGGGCAAAGACCCGGCUGGGAACAAGACCAAGGCCACCCAGGAACAGACGGACUGCUUCAGGGCGUCUCUGUCCAAGCUGGGCGACGUUUACGUCAACGACGCGUUUGGGACGGCGCACAGAGCUCACAGCUCCAUGGUGGGGGUGAACCUCCCCCACAAGGCGGCGGGUUUCCUCAUGAAGAAGGAGCUGGAUUACUUCGCCAUGGCGCUGGAGAAACCUCAGAGGCCGUUCCUGGCCAUCCUGGGAGGAGCGAAGGUGAAGGAUAAGAUCCAGCUGAUCAACAACAUGCUGGAUAAAGUGGACGAGAUGAUCGUCGGCGGCGGCAUGGCCUUCACUUUCCUCAAAGUUCUCAAUAACAUGGAGAUCGGAACGUCUCUGUUCGACGAGGAAGGCGCUGGUAUAGUCAAAGACCUGAUGACGAAAGCCGAGAAGAACGGCGUCAGAAUCACGCUCCCCGUCGACUUCGUGACCGCCGACAAAUUUGACGAGAACGCCGCCACCGGCUCCGCCACCGUCGCUGCCGGCAUUCCCGCCGGCUGGAUGGGUCUGGACUGCGGCCCGGAGAGUUCCCGGCUGUACGCGGAGGCGGUGGGCCGCGCCAAGCAGAUCGUCUGGAACGGGCCGGUCGGCGUCUUCGAGUGGGAAAACUUCGCCAGGGGAACCAAGAGCCUGAUGGACAAGGUCGUGGAGGUCACGAGGUCAGGCUGCGUCACCAUCAUCGGUGGGGGCGACACUGCUACCUGCUGCGCUAAGUGGGACACGGAGGACAAAGUUAGCCACGUUAGCACCGGCGGCGGCGCUAGCCUGGAGCUGCUGGAAGGUAAAGUCCUGCCUGGUGUGGACGCGCUCAGCAGCGCCUAGACGCCUCACUGGAGAGAGAGGGAGUGUGUGUGAGUGUGUGUGUGUGUGAGAGGUGGAGAUCUCCUGAAGCAUCAUCAUGACCCCCGACCCCAACCUGCCGUCUGUCCCGCAGAGCGCCGACCUUUAACCCUGAUUACUUUCUAACUGCAGAUGUUCUCGGCUGCGAAGCAGCAGUAAGGUUUCUCCUUCCUGAGGAUCAGAGUUUACGGUUUCUGUAGAGCUUCUCUGUUAACGUGGCGAUCAUAGAUGUGGCCAGCAUAGAUGUUACUUCCUGUCUGAUCUGUUCUAAUAAAACCAUCUAUGUUUAAAAAAUAAA